UUCCAGAAUUAAAAAGAACUAAAAAAACCACCAACAAACAACUCCUUCCUCAAAAAGGACCAGAAGUCAUUACUACGUCGUCGUUUUAUCGCCCUCCUUCGCUCCUUAUAUUUGUAGUACAAUCCUUCAUAACAAUAGAACCAGACCUCCCAACCAUCAUCAGAAAAGAAAACACACACCAAAGCCUUCAUCAGAUUCGCUAAAAGCGGAUUGGGGCUAUGGGUUCUGCAAAUGGCCUUGUGAAUGUCCAAAGUAAUCAACCUCUUUUUUCAUUUGGGGUCAUAACAGAUGUCCAGUAUGCUGACAUUCCCGAUGGGCGUUCAUUCCUUGGGGUUCCACGCUAUUACCGACACAGCCUUCUUGUAUUGCAAAGGGCUGUAAAGAAAUGGAACCACCGAAGGCCUAACUUCAUAAUGAAUUUUGGGGACAUUAUUGAUGGAUUUUGUCCCAAAGAGCAAUCUCUCAAUGCUGUGAAGAAACUGGUAAUGGAAUUUGAUAAUUUCAAUGGUCCCGUUUAUCACAUGAUUGGCAAUCACUGCCUCUACAAUCUCCCUCGAGAGAAAUUGCUUCCCCUUUUGAGAAUCCAUAGCCACAAUGAUCAUGCCUACUAUGAUUUUUCUCCAAUUCCUGAAUAUAGAUUUGUAAUCCUUGAUGGCUAUGAUAUCAGUGCCAUUGGCUGGCCCAAGGAUCAUCCUAAAACUUUGAAAGCCUUAAAAUUUCUAAAUGAGAAGAAUCCCAAUUCAGACAAGAACAGUCCAAAUGGGCUGGUUGCUCUGGAGAGAAGGUUCCUUAUGUUCAAUGGAGCUGUCGGGAAAGAACAGUUAGAAUGGUUGGAAAAUGUGCUAUCAGAUGCAACAAGGCUGAAUCAGAAAGUAGUGGUGUGCUGCCAUCUGCCUCUGGAUCCUAAUGCAUCAUCUCGUGAAGCUCUAUUAUGGAAUUAUGAUGAAGUGAUGGAAGUACUACACCGGUACAGUUGUGUCAAGGUCUGUCUAGCAGGACAUGAUCACAAAGGUGGGCAUUCAGUUGACUCUCAUGGUAUUCAUCAUCGGGUUUUUGAAGCGGCAUUGGAGUGCCCUCCAGGUACAGAUGCUUUCGGGUGUGUAGAUGUUUUUGAUGAUAGGUUAUCACUUUCUGGCACUGAUAGAAUGAAGAGUACAGAAAUGAUUUUCUGUCGUUGAUUUUGAAAGAAUGGCAGGUUAUAGAAGUUAUGACCAAUUCUGAGUUGAAGUUACUGAUACGGAAUGUAGUUAGUAUUCACGGAAAACCCGUUUUUAUCUCAGGAAAGUGUAAGAUGGUUACGCUGAUCUCUAUUAAUCUGGAUUUCCUUCCAAGAAGUCCACCAUUGAUACUAUACUAUGAUGAUCCUUUUUCUU